AUAUGUAAUGAAUGGAUGUGAUAACAAAGCUAUGGGCUAUUAUUUCAAUAUUCUGUGCAUUACAUUGUCUCUGAAGUGCAUGCUUGGUUUGGGGUUCACCGUGGGAGGCAAUUUAUCUGUCUCGGGGUAUAAUUCCACAGAAAAUACUGAAGGUUUGAGUUUGUUAUCAACUUCCCCGGAAUACACUUUUCCUUUCUGUGGAAUUGUAAAACACUGGAAAAUCUUAUCCAUCGGUGAAGGGAAAUUAUGGUUACAAAUCUGGCGACCCCACAAAGCUAUGUCCUAUCGCUUAAUCCAAGAAAUAUCGGUAUAUACAACUGGAGCAUCCACAAUUCAACAAAUCCCACCAAUGAAUCCCACCACAAGCCCAGAUAUAAUUCACUUUUAUAAGGGUGAUGUCAUAGGAUGGAAAUACAACGAAAAGGAAAUUAUCCCAUUUCGGAGCAGUCCGGUGAUAGCCCGAGGGCAUGGAUUCUGGCGGCGGAGAGUGUCCCAUGGCGAUGGUGUUACAGAAAACUGGGGGCAGGGGGAAUUCCUGUAUGCCAGGCAGUAUGCUAUUUCCGCCAGUGUAUCUGAAAAUACCCCUCCCUAUUUUGAGAAGGACGGCAUUCCAGCUUCCACCUUCACAGUGACCAUUGGUGACGCCUCUGACCCAUACACUCAGGUCAUGACCUUACCAGUCAAAGACAGGGAGGAGACCUUGACCUUGCGGAUAUCCAUGUCAACAAAGUCUUUAUAUUUUUCUUUGAAUGAGACAUCAUAUACCAUCUACACCUUGCAGUGGCUAAAAGUUGGACAGUACUCCACAGAAAUUCAAGUCACUGAUUAUUGUGGGAAGUCAGCUUCAGCUCAAAUUUUUAUCUCAGUUGUUGAAAGUAACCCUACAACUACACAGGAAAUGUUUCUUGGACGACCAGCGAUAGUAUGGACGGUGGGCUUACCAAUGUCUCUCGGUUUGUCUGUGAUGUGCUUGGGAAGCUUGUUUGUGUAUUCCUGCAUUCAGUGGAAAAAAGGGUCGACUUUUCCAGUCACUGAAUUAAAGUAACCUUCAAUGAACAGCACACCAUCAAUUCUACAUUAACAAUUAUUGAAUCCUGAACAUCCAAGAAGAAUAUGGACUGGAUCAUUUAUUCUUUAAAAAUACUGUAAAAGUUUAGUAUCUCAUUGAACAAUAUAUUGAAUGCCAAGAAUAUGUUGAAGUCAUUUGAAAGUUUUCAUCACUUUUCUCUAUAUGUAUUGAAGCCUCAAUAUCUAGCACCCUUGGAUAUUUUGAAUUAGUUUCAGACUUAAUUCAUAAUAAUGAGGUUUGGCUUUAUGUAUUUAUCAUUCCCUUUGUAAAGGUUGAAAAUGGGAAGAAAUGUGCAAAAUUUUGAUUUUCAAUUUCUUGUUUAAAUAAAAUGGAUCAAAUAGUU